AUGCUCUCGGGCCUGAUGAAUGGUUAUGUUGAGUCGAGACCGGAUGAAGAUCGGACUGACAUUAAUGGGGAUAGUGCACAUGUAAAGAACAACAGCAGUUUAAUAGGCUCUAAUCGGUCAUAUAUGCCACCAUGGACCACUCCGUAUAUCAUUGGUGUUGGUGGGACGUCAGGGUCAGGAAAAACGAGCGUUGCUGCGAAAAUCGUGUCUUCAAUUAACAUGCCUUGGGCCGUUUUACUGUCGCUCGAUAACUUUUACAAGCCAUUAACAGCAGAAGAACGAGAACGGGCAUUUCAAAAUGAGUACGACUUUGACGAGCCCGCGGCUAUUGACUUGGAUUUGGCAUACGAAUGCAUUUCCAAUUUGAAAAGAGGCAAAAAGACCAGCAUUCCAGUGUAUAGUUUCAAAGAACACAAUCGAGUACCCGGCAAAAGCAUCAAUCUUUAUGGUGCCAGUGUUGUUGUUAUUGAGGGCAUUUACGCUCUGUACGAUCCCCGUAUCAUGGACCUUAUGGAUUUGAAAAUAUACGUCGAUGUCGACCUCGACGUUUGUCUGGCCAGAAGGCUUUCGCGCGAUAUCAUUUCGCGUGGAAGAGAUCUAGAUGGGUGUUUGGAUCAAUGGGAAAGGUUCGUGAAGCCUAAUGCGGUCAAAUACGUGAGUCCUGCUAAAAAAUAUGCCGAUGCGAUUAUUCCAUCUCUCGGUAACAAUGGAGUCGCUACCAAGACUCUUAUCAAUCACAUUAAGUCGAAACUACAAUUGAAAUCGAGAAGGCACCUGAAAGAGAUCGCAAAAUUGGGACACAGUGACAACGUUACACCGCUUUCUCAGUGCUCAAAUAUCACGCAGUUGGAGCCAACAAACCAGGUCGUCGCACUUAAAACUAUGCUGCUCGACAAAUAUGUUGAUCGCGACGAUUUCGUGUUUUAUUUUGACCGAAUCGCCACCAUUCUGAUUUCGCGAGCACUUGACGACAUUCCGUGCCAUCAGAUCAGUUCCAUUAAGACACCAACUGGGAUAGUCAUAGAAUCUCCUACAGUUGUUAACUUUGAAAAAGUGACGGCGGUCACCAUUGUUCGCUCUGGAGACUGUUUCAUGCAGUCACUUAAGAAAACUGUUCCCAGCAUAGCCACCGGGAAACUCUUAAUUCAAUCUGACUUGACCACGGGCGAGCCGCAGCUUCAUUGUGAAUUCUUGGCUCCUGAAAUCGAAAAGUUCGAACAAGUCCUCUUAGUCGAUGCCCAAGUUAUUUCCGGUGCUGCAGUCAUUAUGGCAGUUCAAGUCUUGUUGGACCAUGGAGUACGACCAGAGCGAAUCAAAGUCAUUAUAUAUUUGGCGACCGAGGUGGGCAUCAGAAGAAUAAAUAAUGCUUUCGACAGUAAAGUCCAGCUAUACGUCGGAGAGAUUGUGCCUAUAGAAGCACUUGACGGAGAGAAGUACAGUUGGGCUAGAAUUCGAUUUAUCGAUUCCAAGUACUUUGGCUGCGAUUAA